GAAGGCCCAAAUUUAUCCACAAGAACGCAUACGCAAACACAAAAUGAGAGCGCCAGACAAUGGAGAUUGAUCAACUCGAUUGAUUUAGCUACUGCGAAGUUCAUGUUGUUACUACCAAAUCUUAAAAGUUAGCUGUGUUGAGGUGAAGCAUAAGUGGGGGAGUGAUGGACAACCUUGUAGAUUCGCUGAACAAUGCAUAUCAGGAGUUUGUGGCUGCAGCAGCUAAUGUGCUUGAGGCCAAAGAGAUUGCUGUUGCCCAGAAAACAGCAGCCACUGAUGCUGCAUUGGAAAACUUUAAGCAGAGGUGGGAGUUGUUUAGGGUGGCCUGUGAUCAAGCAGAGGAGUUUGUUGAGUCUGUGAAGCUGAGGAUAGGAUCAGAGUGUCUGGUGGAUGAGGCCACUGGAUCUGUGACAGGGAAGUCAGGACAGGCUGGAACAACGGGACUUCCACCCAUUAGCGCUGUUCGGUUGGAGCAGAUGAGUAAAGCUGUACGAUGGCUUGUUAUUGAACUGCAGCAUGGUUCAGGAGCGGCUGGUGGUGUAGCAGGGCAUGCCAACUCCUCGGCUCCUUUUGAUGCUCGUUUUUCUGAAGAUGCUGCUCAAUAAGUGGUCUUGUAUUUCAUACAAAGAAAGAAUGAUCUAUAUGCAAUGCAAAAAAGCAGGUGGCUGCAUUAUUUUUGUGGACGAACCAUGAUGUUCAAUAUUCAUAGGGGGGCAAAUUUUUUUGGACGUCCACUUGGAAGGUGGUGGUGAUGUUGAUUUUAGGGGAGAGCUAUAGGGACUGAUAUGAUUCUUUUCCUUGCUACGUAAACUCUGCCUAAGCAUUUUAAUUUGGUUGAGGUGUUGAGAAGAAGUGAAUUUUAAUGUAUGUAGGAACCUGGGAGUAAAUCCUUGCAGGUAGAAAAUUUGUAUUUAUUCUGUUUUGCGAUGCUGAUUGUAAAAUACUCGAAAUGCUUAAUGACAUUGUUGGGUGAUCUUGAAUUAAAAUUUGCAGUGUUGUCAAGCC